AUGAGUAGUUUCCUGCACGUAAUACUUUUUUUGGUAUGUAUUAUUGGUUCAACCGUAUAUUCGGUUGACCGUGGUAAUUUUAAAACAUGCGAACAAAGUAACUUUUGUAAGCGUUGUCGCUCCAUGAACAAAAACCAAAAAACCGCUUUUGAACUAGUGCCAGACAGUGUUCUAUUGACGGAUAAAUACUUCGAAGCAUUGAUAUCAAAUACAAACUAUGAUGAUGUUUCAUUACGAAUGCGGCUGGAUGGUCUGAAGGAUAGUACACUUCGUCUUCGCAUCAACAAAGACGGGAAUCAAAUGUAUAACAGGUUUCAACCAGUGCAUGCUCUUGUAUCUGAACCAAUUACAGAGUCAAUGAUUAUGGCUCGAAAUGCAUCAACUGUCGAAUUAGAAUUGAGUAAAAUUAUUAAGGUGUAUAUCACAAUAGCCCCAUUUAAAUUGGAUGUUUAUGUUAACGAAGAGUUGACCAUAGGGGUGAACCAUGAUAAUCUAAUGCAAUUUGAACACUAUAGGCCUAAACCAGAAUCUAUUGCAGAUAAUGAAAUAGGGUCGUGGGAAGAAUAUUUUAAGGAACAUCAGGAUUCUAAGCCACGUGGACCUUCAGCAGUUUCAAUGGACUUCAAAUUAUAUUCGUCUACUUCUCUAUAUGGACUGCCAGAACAUGCUGACAGUUUAGCUCUCAAAGGUACCACUGGGAAUGAUCCGUAUCGAUUUUAUAAUUUGGAUGUUUUUGAGUAUGAAUUGUACAAUGGAAUGGGAUUAUACGGAGCUGUUCCAUUUUUAAUGGGACAUGGAAAAAAGAACAGUGUCGGGGUGUUUUGGUUGAAUGCUGCUGAAACAUGGGUAGAUAUUGCAGGUGUAAAAGGAAACACAGAACACACAUCAGUUGUGGAAUCCAUAGUUAAUUUAGUUUCAGGAUCGUCUACUGAAAAAGACAUUCCCAGAGCUCAUUUUAUUUCUGAAUGUGGCAUCAUUGAUUUUUUCAUUAUGUUGGGUCCUAAACCUCUGGAUGUAACCAGACAAUAUUCUUCACUAACAGGAACCACUCCAUUACCUCCACUAUUUUCUUUGGCUUACCAUCAGUGCCGAUGGAAUUACAAUGACCAAAAAGAUGUCCACGAUGUAGAAACAAAUUUUGAUGUCAACGACAUACCUAUGGAUGUCAUGUGGUUAGAUAUUGAGUAUACAGAUAGUAAAAAAUAUUUUACCUGGGAUCCAGUUAAAUUCUCUGAACCUUUAGAAAUGGUUAAUAAUUUAACUAGCAGAGGAAGAAAGUUAGUGACUAUUAUUGAUCCACAUAUCAAACGUGAUUCCAACUACUUUCUUCACAAUGAUGCAAUCAAUAAUGAUUUAUAUGUGAAGAAUAAAGAUGGUGACGUGUACGAAGGUUGGUGUUGGCCAGGGUCUUCUAGUUAUUUGGACUUCAUGAACCCUAAAGUACAAGAUUAUUAUGCUUCUCGUUAUUCUAUUGAUAAUUUUGUCGGUCCUACAGAGGACAUUUUUAUAUGGAAUGAUAUGAAUGAACCUUCUGUUUUCAAUGGACCAGAAGUAACCAUGCCAAAGGAUUGUAUUCAUCAUGGUGGUUAUGAACACAGAGACAUACAUAACAUUUAUGGACUGUUGCAAGUCAUGAGCACAUAUGAAGGUCUACUAAAACGAUCAAAUGGCAAAAAACGACCAUUUAUUUUGACCCGAUCUCAUUUUGCUGGUACACAACGUUUUGCUGCUGUGUGGACUGGUGAUAAUAUGGCUGACUGGAGUCAUUUAAAAAUAUCUUUACCAAUGUGUCUCUCAUUGGCAAUUUCGGGUAUAUCAUUUUGCGGUGCAGAUGUGGGCGGAUUCUUUAAUAACCCUGAUAAAGAAUUACUUAUCCGAUGGUACCAAACUGGUGCCUUUUUGCCUUUUUUCAGAAGUCAUGCUCACAUAGAUACAAAACGUCGAGAACCGUGGUUAUUUGAUGAACAGACUACAUUUUUGAUCCGUGAUGCUAUCAGAACAAGAUAUACAUUGUUACCACUGUGGUACUCGUUGUUUAAAAACCAUGAAGUAACCGGAGCACCUGUUAUACGGCCAUUAUUUUUUGAGUUUCCUCAUGAAGAACAACUGAACAACAUCGACAAUGAAUUUAUGGUUGGUGAUAUCUUGUUGGUGUGUCCUGUAUUAGAUCAAAAUGUACAAGAGUUGACUUGUUAUUUCCCUGGUCACGAAGAAAUAUGGUAUGAUAGAGAUACUUACCAAACAAUCAAAACUAAUGGGCUGAUGAAAAUACAAGCGCCAAUCAACAAGGUGCCUGUGUAUCAACGCGGUGGUACAAUAGUUCCUACUAAGCAACGUGUUCGCCGAUCAUCAGUCUUAAUGAAGGACGACCCAUACACUUUAAUUGUAGCAAUUGACCUGAAAGCUAUCGCUAAGGGAUCAUUGUAUAUUGAUGAUGAGGAAAGUUUUGAAUACCGGGAUGGACACUUUAUCUACGUUGAAUAUGAAUACAUCAACAACCAAUUGAUCUCAAAAUGUUUACAUUGUAAAGAUUUCAGUUCUAAAUCAUGGGUGGAAAAAGUCAUGAUUGUUGGUAUUCCCAAUGUAUUUACCAAAGCCAGUAUACAGGUCAAUGGUGGUAGUUUGUCAGAAUUAUCCGUUUUAUACAAUACUCAUAAUCAAGUAUUAACAGUGCGGAAACCUGCUGUCGGAAUAGCUCAAAAUUGGACGAUUACUCUACUUUAA